CGCAGGCGGAGUUCAUCAUUGAUCCACCGGCUCGGAAGCUGGUACUGCCGACCCCGUGCACAGGCGCAGUUCAGAAUGCCGGAUCCGCGCGCAGGAGCACUGCUGACCACCUAAUAUCCAUCCGGGUAUUACCGAGAGGCGGGCAAGGGGUGGUUUAUCAACAGCAAGGCAGAAGGACGGGGUUUCAGUUUCUCUCAGAGUCAAAGUGAAGAUUGGAGUCAGUGUUCAUCUCUAAGUACUGUCUGUCUGCAUGUGGGCCAUACUAAAGUUGCCCAUAGUGUCUGGGGAUGUGCAGUUUAGGUGGAAAAGCCAUGAGAAACGCAGGGCUGCAGGGAAAGGGUAGGGGAAUGCUCAUCAGAGAGUCAGUGAGUACUUGUUGGGAAGAGUGGCCUGUUUCCAAACUAGGGAUUCUAUGAAAAUGGGGAACACCCCGAGAGAGAGGGGUUUGAGAUGAGCAGCUAAGCUUCACUUUUUGAGGACAAUUACAGUUGGACAAUGAGAGAGAGAGAUUUGAGAUGGUCAGCUCAACUCCACCUUCUCCAGGACAAUUACAGAUAGACAAUAAGAGACAGAGAGGGAGGGGUUUGAGAUGGUCAACUCAGCUCAGCUCUGCUCUGCUCCACCAUCUCCAGGACAAUUACAGAUGAGCACUGUCAUGGGGAGGCAAUGGCCUGGUGGUAUUAUCGCUAGAAAGUUAUUUCAGAAACUCUGCUAAUGUUCUGGGGACGUGGAUUCAAAUCCUGCCAUGGCAUAUGGUGGAAUUUGAAUCCAAUAAAUAAGCUGGAAUUAAGUGUUGAAUGAUGACCAUGAAACAUUAUUGAUUAUUUGAAAAGUCUGUCUGGUUCACUAAUGACAUUUUGGGAAGGAAACGUGUCAUCCUUACCUGGUCUGGACUACAUGUGAUUCCAGGUCCACAACAAUGUGUUGAUUCAAAUGGGCAAUGAAUGCUAGCCUACCAGGCAACGCUUACGUUUACAUCUUGUGAAAGAUUUUUUUUAAAAAUGUGUAAAGAUAUAAAGUGCACCCCUGUUUGAUGCAGAGCCUUGGGAUGAGAUCUAACUUUGAUUACACAAUCUGUCACCACCAUGGCUGACAGUUCAUACAGGGGAGAAGAUCCAGCAACUUCAACAAGAAUGCUCAUGGACACAGAUCCAAACCUGACAACCACUAAACUCUUGACAACGUGUGACGAUUAUUGGUUAUUCCAGUUGACAAAAUUCUACAGUAUCAGAUUAGCAGAGGCGAUUGAAGAAAUGUUGGAGGGGCUCAGUCUCACAUUAGCAGAUGAAGCCAAUUUCACUGGACAGGAAUAUGAUAAAGUCAUUGAGCUCGUGGAGAAAGGAAACCGGGCCGACAGUUCCAAACUUCUCCUAAAUCUGGUGAUGGAGAAAGGCUCUCAGGCUCAGAGAGUGAUGUGGCAAUCCCUUGUUAAGUUGCGCCAUGGGGUCCCAAAGUUGGAUGAAAUACUUAAAGAAAUGGAACAUCUUGAUGUUCAGCAGAAACACAAGAAGAUCCUCCGUGUCCAAACUGAAGCACUGAGAGUGAACACUGUCCUAGUAAAGGAGAAGAUUUUCCCACUGGCUGAUCGAUACACUGAGCUAACGGUUAUUUCCACUGCUCAGGAUCAGAAACUUGAAUAUGAACAUGAACUGCUGGCAAGAGGUCGAGACCAUGAGAAGUGGAGAGAGAAACACUUCCAGAAAGAGCUGCAAAAAAUCCAGAUUGAUCAGUUGUUCCGGAGUGGCUUUUGCAAGAGACAUGGUUCAUUGUGGAAAAUUAAGAGAUUCUUUCGACAUUCCAAAUCUGGGAGUUCAGUGGCAGUGGGCGGAGUCCCAGGGAUUGGAAAAACAACAAUGGUACAGAAGAUUGUUUUUGACUGGGCCAUUGGGAAAAUAUACCCUCAGUUUCAAUUUGUUUUCAGUUUUAAAUUCCGGUAUUUGAACACUAUUCAGUGUAGGAUAAACCUGCGGAAUCUGAUACUGGAUCAGUAUCCUUACUUUGGGAAUGUUCUAGGAAAGCUGUGGAAGAACCCAGAGGGACUGCUGUUUAUAUUUGAUGGUUUGGAUGAAUUCAAGGACAGUAUUGAUUUUUCUGACAAUCGGAGAAAUAGAGAUCCUCGGUCCAUGUGCACGGAUCCCGAAUGCUGGUGUGAAGUGUCUGACAUUGUGUGCAGUUUAAUCCAGCACAAGCUGCUCCCAGGGUGCUCAGUGCUAGUGACCAGCCGCCCCGCAACGUUACAUUUAUUGGAAAAGGCUGAGAUCAGUGUCAGUGCAGAAAUCCUGGGAUUUCUUGCUGAUGAACGGAAGGAAUAUUUCAACAAGUUUUUUGAAGAUCAGACGGUGGCAGCAGCUGUUUACAAACACGUGAAUGAGAACGACAUCCUGUACACAAUGAGCUACAACCCUUCGUUUUGCUGGAUCCUUUGUCUGUCACUGGGUCCCUUCUUCACAUACGGAGACUGGAAACAGCAGCAAGUUCCCAAGACAAUCACCCAACUAUAUUCCUACUACAUUUACAACAUUCUGAAACACCAUAGCCGAGAGAUUGAAAACCCCCAUGAUGUAUUACUGAAGCUUGGUGAGCUGGCCUUCACAGGAGUCUCUGAGAAGAAGAUUGUUUUCAGAAAUGGAGAUUUGAUCCAGUAUAAUCUGCAACCUUCCCAGUUCCUGUCCGGGUUCAUGAUGGAAGUUUUGGAGAGAGAUGACUCAGUCCAGAGUGUGGUUUACACAUUCCCACAUCUCACCAUCCAAGAGUUUAUGGCUGCCCUCGCACAGUUCCUGAUUCCAGAUCCCAUGGACAUCCAGAAACUCCUUAAUGAAGUUCAGAGAAAAAGAGAUGGACGCUUUGAGCUAUUUCUCCAUUUUAUCACUGGCCUCACCUCCCCACAGGCAGCUCAGCCCCUGGAGGAAUUUUUGGGUCCAUUUCCUCAUCAAACAACCUGCCGAGUGAUUGACUGGUUGACGGAAGUAACUAAGAGAGAGAUAUGGGAUGCGUGGUAUGAACCUGGCGAAGGGAGCAUUGUGAGCUGUCUGCACUAUCUGUUUGAGUCUCAGAGUAAAGCAGUGGCUCAGGCCACAGUGGGAUCUGUGCAAACAUUUGCAUUUAGUGAUCUGAAACUAACCCAGAUUGACUGUGCGAUCCUGUCUCAUGUGAUUGGAUUCUGUGAUACAUUAAAACAGCUCGAUCUAUUUGCUUGCUUCAUUCAGUGUGAAGGACUCCAGCGGCUGGUAUCUGUUCUGCAUAAAUGUCAGGAUUUGAGAUUGACUCUCAAUAAUCUCCAAGAUUCAGGAGUGAAACUACUGUGUGCAGCCUUGAGGAAUCCAGACUGUAAAAUACAGGAACUGAAACUGGGCAUUAAUGAUCUCACCGCUUCUUGUGCUGAAGAUCUCGCUGCUGCUCUCGUUGCAAACCAGUCCUUGACACUUCUGGACCUGGGUCAUAAUGGGCUGGGAGAUGUGGGAGUGAAACUAUUAUCUGUGGCUCUGAAGAAUCCAGACUGUAAAAUACAGUCACUGCGGUUGGACAAGAACGGUCUCACAGACUCUUGCACAGAGGAACUCUCAUCUGCUCUCAUUACAAAUGAAUCACUGAUCGAUCUGAGCCUGGGAAAUAAUAACCUGCAGGAUUCAGGAGUGAAGCUGCUGUCUGUCGCUCUGAGCAACCCGGACUGUGGAAUAAAGAAACUGAAUCUUGAAAUGAAUGGUAUCACAGAUUCUUGUAUAGAGGAUCUCUCCUCAGCUCUCAGUACGAACCAGUCACUAACACUCCUGACCCUGAAUUCAAACUCUUUAACCGACCGGUCUGUCCCCACUCUCCAGUGCCUAGUCCAGGCCUGCAGGAAUCUGGAGCUCAUCCAGCUAAAGAACAAUCUGUUUAGUCCAAUUGGAAGAGGACAACUGGAGACACUGCAGGGAUCCCGACUGUGUGUGACGGUCUGAAUGGUUCAAAUUAUAAACCUCACUAUUCAUUGCGUGAUCGUUUCCAGCCAAUUCCCCUUCUUUCCUCUACCUCCCUGGCAUUGAAGGGACUGUGACAGCAACAAAUGCAAAAGAGACUGAACAGGGGAGAGGUCUUUGCUGCUUGCACCAGCUGACCUCCAUCCGCGGCUCAGAGUUCUGUAGAACCUGGCAGGCCAGGCAUAGUCUCUACCUUUAGGUGACCUGGCCCCUCUGGGACAUUGCCACCAAAAAUUAUGGGAAUACAGGCCAGGUAGAGGAUUCCCCUUCAGGCUGGUUCCAAGGCGAGUUCCUUCUUAAAGGAUUCAAUUCUGAAUUCAGAUAAACUAGAGACAAGACUGAAUUAAACCACACCCCAAAGAUGGAGUUAUUUUAAUGCAGAAAGAAAGCAUGAAGGCAGAAUAUAAUUCAUUCAUUCAAACUUCACUUUAGCACAAUGUGUCUAUUGCAGGCACAGCUGGUCACACAGUCCUAGACACAAAGAGCCACAGAAACAUUCACAGUUACAGGCAUACAUACAGGCAGACACACAAAAUCCCAUAAAUGUAUUUAAGGAACAGCUGCCCCUUGUAAUGGGGAUGAAGUGAAGCAGAAUCAAAGCCCCUCUCCCUGUUUCUGUCCCUUGAGAUUAAAGUAAUAUGAUGCCGCACUGCUGGUGGAUCCAUGCAACUGCACAGGCAGAGAAUGUGGGAGUGAUUCAUCAGGAGUUCAAUAAAAACAGCAGCAUAGACACAAGGCCAGUGUGCACUUUUUAACACAACUCUUUAAGGAAAAAUACACUGGCAGAACACCAACCAGUUACUUAUUCUGCUGUCCCUGGUGUAAAAAUAUUGCACAGUUUCACGGUGUUUGUUAAACAUGAGAAAUCAAGGAAAGGCAAACAGGCAUAUGUUGUAAUCAGCAAUGACCAAACUAAAAUAAAGAUAGGAAAGAUGUGCCAGUGUUAGAUCGCUCCUGGGGUGACAGGAGGUAAGGUUUUCAAACAAUCCAUGGUAUUUAUAAAAAGAGAUCAUUUGUCCUACUUCCCAAUGAUAACAUGUCCAUUAAAGAAAGGCUUGAAAUAAUCACAACUCAGAAAUUACAAAUUAAUCAUCUGAAAAGAGUUAGAAAAUAAUAGCUGUAGAAUUGUUGAAGCAGAUAAUCAGAAAGAAGUAGUAUUUUGGGUGUUGCUACACUAAAUGGACUGUAGCGGUUAACGAAGACAGCGCACCACCAUGUCCUCAAGGGCAAUUCGGAUGGACCAUAAUAAUAGCUGACUGCAAUGGCCAUACUACUUUGGAUGAAUUAAAACAUUUAGAACAGAAGACAAGAAAUCUGGCUGCUGUUGUACAGAGCCUCGGUGAGACUCCACCUGGAGUGUUGUCUACAGUUUUGGUAUCCUUAUAGAGGGAAAGCUAAAUAUGCCAUAGAGGAAAUGUCAUGAAGGUUCACCAGACUGAUUCGUGUGAUGGUGGGUUUCUCUGUUGAGGAGAGAUUGAGGGGACUGGAAUGUCUGCAAAUGAGAUGACUUUAAGGUGUAAAAAAUUCCUACAAUGCUCAAUAGGACAGAUACAAGAAGAAUGAUAUUCUUGGCCUGGGCAUCUAGAAUGAGGGGAAGAUUGUAUCAGCAUAAGAAGUAAGCCAUUUCAGAUUGAGAAGAGGAGGAUUAUUGUCACUCGGUGGGAGAUGAAGUUUCAAAUUCACAGUUCUCUGGGGUACAGGAGGCUGAGUCAUAGAAUCAUAGAGUCCCGACAGUGCAAAAAGAGGCUAUGCAGCCCAUGAGAUAACAGCGUGUAGAGCUGGAUGAACACAGCAGGCCAAGCAGCAUCAGAGGAGCAGGAAGGCUGACGUUUUGGGCCCUCCGAAGAGUGUACUACCCAGACUCCCCAUUUAUCACCAUAACUUCACAUUUCCCAUGGCUAGCCCACAUAGCCUGUAAAUUCCCGGACAGAAUGGGGCAAUUUAGCAUGGCCAAUCCACGAAUGAAGAAAUUUUCUAGUUCCAGUCAAGACUGGGGUCUAAUGAUCCUGCUACCAAAUUGAGAACCAGUGUACUCGGAUACAAUGUGAUACCAUCACUAAAACUCAAAACAAAAGAAGCUGAGAACAAUCGUUUCAUUCUGCCCCUUUCUGCUUAGACUUUGACCUGCAAAUGUUGUCUUUUUUUGUGCCUAUAUUCUCCACCCACAAGUUUUCUCUAAAGAUGCUUGUCUAUCUACCCGUUCAGUAUAUGAAUGGACAUGUGCCCUGUGGGCAGAGUGUGACACAGUAUAGAAGGGGCCUUUCAGCCCAUUGAAUCUGCACUGACAAGCAAAGUCAUCUUUUUAUACUAAUCCUACAUUGUCUGUUUGGAUUUAAAUGGGAAACAGUUUAAAUUUGUGUUAAUAAUUAAUGUGCUUGUUUUCACCAUGUGUUAGAGGUUAAGUGUACUUUUACAAUUUUUUUUUUUCUUGGUCAUUAAUGAAACUGAGUCAUUGAGUAUGUUCAAGACAGAGAUAGAUUUUGACAUGUUUAAAGCAAUUUAAGUGAUAUGGGGAUAGUGGUCAAAUGGCACAGCAGGAUCAAGGAAGAAAGCAGGGUACACUGGCUGUUUACAUGUCCUUAUGUUAUUCCUGCUGCUGGACCUGUGAAUACUGUGUGCACAAGAUUAACUUCUCAUCAGAGAAAACAACAUUUAAUGGAAAUAAUGGGCACCUGAUGGAUUAGCCAAUUACCAGAACAAACUCUCACUCUCAUGAACGAUAUUUGGCAAUCAGAUGACUGAACAGUUUAAUCAAAUUCUUCAACGUUUUUUCCUCAAUUAAUCUUCACAAUCUGCAGUAAUCUCAGAUUUUCAUUUAAACUGUAAUUUAAUUAAUGUUCUAGCUAGUUGUGAAUAGUGCUGACAGACAAUUAAUUGUACAAUCUGUCUUAUUGUGUUAAGCAUCUGCUGAUUAAAUGUAAGCUAUUGAUAUUGGUGGCCUGCCAAGUGAUAUUGUUAUUUAAUAAUUAUAUCAUGCCAUACCAGCAAUGUUUCUGUCAUGUGAUUCAGUUUUUUUGAGUGAAGUAAAUAUUUCUCGUGGAA